AUGUCGUUUUGCUCUGGUUUCCGCACCCUCUUCUCCUGCUUCGGCAGCAGCAACAACAACAGCAGCAACAAGGGCCUGGCCAGCCCCGUCAAGAUCAGCGGCCCCCGGUGCUUCACGCACAAGAAGACCGGGAACCCCAACAUCCCGCUGCGUGCCUUUGUGAGCACGCCACCUCCCUACGUCCAGCCCGAGCGCCCUUAA